GUUAGAGAGAGAGUCGGGGCGCGCGCUGCUCUCUCCGCCGGUGUUGACGUAACUGAUUUUCGGUGAAACGGAAACUUCGGCUCGGGUAAACUUUGUAAAAACCGGAAGUGGAGUUGAGAAAUGAGUUUAAACGAGCACUCUCUGCAGGCUCUGUCAUGGAGAAAGCUGUAUUUGAGCCGAGCCAAGCUGAAGGCCACCAGCAGGACCUCAGCCCUGCUCUCCGGCUUCGCCAUGGUGGCGAUGGUGGAGGUGCAGUUGGAGCGGGAUUACCCUUACCCGCCCCUCCUCCUGAUCGGGUUCAGUGCCUGCACCACCGUGUUGGUCGCGGUCCACCUCUUCGCUCUGAUGAUCAGCACCUGCAUCCUGCCCAACAUUGAGGCCGUGAGUAACGUGCACAACCUGAACUCGGUGAAGGAGUCUCCUCACGAGCGCAUGCACCGUCACGUGGAGCUCGCCUGGGCCUUCUCCACCGUCAUCGGCACCUUCCUCUUCCUCGUUGAGGUUCUGCUGCUCUGCUGGGUCAAGUUCCUCCCACAGAAAACGCUACCCAAAUCUACAGACGGCCCAACCCUCCCGUCGCCCACUAGCUCCACCGGGAUCAGCCCCGGAGAGGCUGCUGCCUACGCCUCCACCUGCAUCAUCGUCCCCUGUGGCCUCGUCUUCAUCCUCUUCGCAGUGCAUUUUUACCGCUCGCUCGUUAGCCACAAAACCGACCGGCAGUUUCAGGAACUCGAGGAGCUUUCCAACAUCACCAGGCUUCAGAAUCAACUGGACCAUCGAGUGGAGGCGCCCAACAUCCAGAACGCUCCUGCACUCUUCCCCUGAACACCCCCCACGGCUACGGGAUCGCAGGUUAGCAUAGCAUAGCAUAGCGCUAGCGUCGGCUCAGCAAACGCGAUGUUAAUGUUUUUAUAAAAGCUGCCAAGUUUUACAGAGACUCGUUCUGCUAAGAUUCAGCUCACUUUCUUCUUCUUCCUUCUGAGAUACUGCUGUUAAAGUUUUGGGUGUAGAAGUGGGCGGGGCUUUAUAUAAAGUAGGAGCUACGUUAUAGAAUAAACUGAGGUUAGAUUUUUAUGUCCUGGUGUAAUAAUAUUAUUACUGGCAACUAUUUGUCGUUCCAGUAUCCUAGUAACUGUUGCCAUGGAUGAUGGAGAGCUAACUUUAGCUAUCGAUGCUAGCUAGCUUUAUAAUGUGCCAAAUGAGCCACUAAUUGUUAAUGAGCUCGUUAAUUUUACACUGGAAGAGAAGAAUUUUAUUCAGUUGCUAAACGGAGUCACCAGACAUCCAGUUCACGUUUGCUUUUUUUUCUUGUGUGGCAGAACUGAUGUUUCGAGACCUCAUGCCAUCCUGAGAUGUGCUAAUCAGUUCUCGUCAAAAUGAUAAUAAUGCACACUAAUCACGUUACCAAAAGCAUUUUUAAAACCCAUGCUAAUUAAUUAUCCAAAAGGCUGUUACAGAUUCAUGUUAAUUAGUUGUUUAAAUAUUUUUCAAAAUCAUGUUAAUUCGCUAAUCAAACGUAAACACAGUUAUGGGUUUUUAUAAACAUUGUACUUGCUUUUCUGUGCGCUUAGUUUUACUCUUUGCCAAAGUGAUGCUGAUAAGCUCAAGCAAAUUUGCAUUUAAAAAGUGGAUUUUUAAAAGUAAAAUAAAUCUUUCAGAGCAGCGCCGUGAGCGUGUGCUGGGAUUAAAUUUAUGCUAAAUUCCUAUAAAUGAUCGACCGUAAGAAGCCGCGCUAAUGAAACGCCAAAUCAUGAGCUUUGAUAAACAAAGAAAGGUUUAUUUUUUAAAAGACUCCUGGCUUUAACACGUGUGUGUUUAUGUUGCAGUGUAAACACUGAUACGAGUGUUUUAAUGAAAUGGUUUUAAUUUAAAUCAGUAGGGGGAGCGGGGAGACCCGGGACGAGUUUCAGUUUGUGUGAAAUCCUUUCAGGUCGCGUCUCGUUCACACUGCAUGAGAGAGUGUUUACUGUCCUUCUGAGAACAACAUGAGUUCAUCAGCUUCACAUCUACUGGCCUUCAGGACUCACUGUUUCUCUCAUUGUUUACAGGGAGACAAAAAAACCCUCGCCAAAUCCUACAUGUUUAAUUUUCAUUUAUUAUUAAACGCUGUCCUGUAUGGACCGUAUGAACACGCAGUGCUGGUACAGCGACAGAAAACUGGCACUUUACCCCAAACCUGACUCGACUAAACCGUUCCAUUCUCAGGAAGGAAUGAAAUCAGAUUAAUCCUCAUGCAGGGACACGCCCACAUUUUUAACACACAUUAUUAAACAGUGUUAUAUUUGUAAAUCACAAGAACAAACCUGUAACAUGAUGAACUGUCCCAACUCUCCCCAUCUGGACUUUCUGAAAGAAAAACCCUUACCUGUUUCCCCCAGAAUGUAAGUGUAAUAAAUAAUCCUAUAUCUGGUAACUCCAGGCUACAGACUUUAAUUCCGAACGAAUCCCCGAUUCUCCAGCGUCCAUUACACCAGAGAAUGGAGGAGGAGGAGGAGAAAAUACUUUGAAGUGUCGGUUGAUGAAAUAUGGAACUGCACAAACCGAACUGCAGAGUCCAGCUUCGGCUCCAAAGGAAGGAGGUCACGCUCAGGGGGACAUCGAACUUCUGAUUCAUCUAAAACCUGAUUGGGUGAAAUUAAUUCAUGGAUUUAUGGGAAUACAAACGGUCCCAGGUCUCCCCUGUCCUCCUCAAUAUAUUCAUGUGUUGAUGAUGAAAGAAUUUAAACUUUUAUAAUAAUUUGUUCUGGUUGUAUUUGGGAGAAACUUCUCCUCGUGGUGUUUAAUGAUCUGUAAUGUUGUGUUUUGAAGCCCAUUUGAGACGCAUCAAAGCCACGUGAUGACUGAUGUACAAGUUUAAUAAAAAUAUAUGAAGGUGGGCGGGGCUAACAUUGGGGGGAAAGUGGGGUAAAAAAAAAGUUUGAGAACUGACGUGUUUUUUUUUUUUUUUAACUCCAGUUUUUACCCGAAUUUUUAAAUCCCACUUUAAUAUAUUAUUCAUGUAAUUAAAAUAAAUUUCUGCAUGUUUUAUAUAAAUGUGUUUAUAAACUGUGAUGAACAAAUGAUAUUACAUUUAAAACGUUAAAAAAACAAAAAAAGAGAAAAUUUUACCAAUCGGGAGUUUAUAAAGCGCAGUGUUUUAUACCUCCUGUACACUCUCUUAUUAAAGGUGUACAGUAUAAUAAUAAUAAUAAUAAUUAUUAUUAUUAUUAUUAAAAAUAAACUGUGCCUCUGAAAGCCCUGUGUUUCAGUGCUGCCUUAGUGCCCUUAUUGAAGUGCCCUUGUUUUAGUGCCCUUGUAUAUUUAGGGUUUGUUUUAUUCCUUUAUUUGCUUCUUAUUAAAUCAGACUCGACUCACUGUCGCUGCGUUAGUGUCGUUAUACCGCUGUUAGUCAUGAAGUCAGAUUUUUUUGGUUUAUUUUUGAUUUCAUAAGUAGCUUUAAAAAAUGUGUAUUAUUAUUAUUAUUAUUAUUAUUAUUUUAUUUUAUUUUUUUGUAACUCAUGCUAACCAGCUAGCAGGAUAAAGUCAGCGAGCACUGUCAACUCUGUUUAUUUAUUUGGAUUUAAAAUCCAUCAGAAAAUACAGAGUGUAUUCAUACAGUGUGUUUAAAGUCCAUCACUACAUCAUCACAAAAUAUAAAUAAAUAUAUAUAUAUAUAUAUAUAUAUAUAUAUAUAUAUAUAUAUAUAUAUAUCACAUCAGUCAAUAUUCUGGUAGCGUAGCUCGCUCACGCGCUCGGCCUUCACAGAUGAAGUGUUUCUCUGAUUUUAAACCCGGUUUAAACAAACCCCACGUUAUACUUUAGAGAGCCGACGUGUUUUAUUCACUCGGACUCAUCACUUUAUAAACACAGGAACCCCAGGUUUACGCUCUUCACGACUUUAUUAACUGAGUAGAUUUACCACAGAUUCUACUGACUGCUUUGUUAAACAUAAUUUUCUUCAACAAAAAUCCAAAAAGUUUGUAAUUUACAGCUGGUAUAAUUUUUUGAAAGAUUCUUUUAAAGUCUGUAUUUGAAUGUAAAAAAGUCUUUAUGGAAAUGAACAAUGAUAAAACUCUGAAGUGCAGAUAAAGUUGGUGAUAAUGUUGAGUCGGGGCUUUUCACGCCUUUCAGAUUUCAUUUUAAUGUUUAAAUGUUUCUAUAUUACAAUAUUAUAUACAGUGUGAUGUGUAUAGUUAAUUAAAUGUUUAUUAUAAUGAUCUCUCCAGAGUCUCUGUAAUGAAGAACUGAAACUUUACACACAAAUAUUUCAUUCAUGGUUUCUUUUUUUUUGGCAAAAAAAGUUUUACAUGUUAAUUUGUAUGAGCAGGAAAAAGUAAGUGUGCAACAAGUUGAAUGUGUGUAAAAUAAAAUUGUGUUGAAA